CUCCGCCGUCCAUUUCUCAUAUAGUGUCCGCGAGGGUAGCCAAUCAUUUCCCACCUCCAAAUCUUCGUUCCGUUUAGUAAGUCCCUCUUUUAAACUCGUCGUCAAUCACCUGAAUAGCCGACGAAUCAGAGCUCAUCGGCAACCCCUCACGCUAUGGCACCCAUCAAGGGUAUUCUUUCUCUGCGAAGGACAGCUUUGGCUUGGCGUCACAGUGAUGUGCGAGGUGUAGGCUUUAGAACAUUCAGCACUCAGAGUGCAACAACUGCUAAUACUGCACAGCCUCCACCACCUCCCCCACCUCCAGAGAAAACCCAUUUUGGUGGCUUGAAAGAUGAAGACCGAAUUUUUACCAACUUGUAUGGGUUGCAUGACCCUUUUCUUAAAGGUGCCAUGAAAAGAGGUGACUGGUACAGAACCAAAGACUUAGUACUCAAGGGUGCUGAUUGGAUUGUUAAUGAAAUGAAGAAGUCUGGCCUCCGUGGACGUGGUGGUGCUGGUUUUCCAUCUGGCCUCAAGUGGUCUUUCAUGCCCAAAGUAUCUGAUGGCCGUCCAUCCUAUCUUGUUGUCAAUGCUGAUGAAAGUGAACCUGGGACCUGCAAAGACAGGGAAAUUAUGCGGCAUGAUCCACACAAACUAUUGGAGGGUUGCCUAAUUGCUGGGGUAGGGAUGAGGGCUACUGCUGCUUAUAUCUAUAUAAGAGGUGAAUAUGUGAAUGAACGGAAAAACCUUGAAAAGGCCUUAAAGGAAGCCUAUGAAUCUGGAUUAUUGGGUAAGAAUGCAUGUGGAUCUGGUUAUGAUUUUGACGUUCAUAUCCACUAUGGGGCUGGUGCUUAUAUUUGUGGUGAAGAAACAGCACUUUUAGAGAGUCUUGAAGGGAAGCAAGGGAAACCAAGAUUGAAGCCUCCUUUCCCAGCUAAUGCCGGGUUAUACGGCUGCCCUACCACUGUUACAAAUGUGGAAACAGUCGCUGUUUCUCCCACCAUUUUAAGGCGUGGCCCAGAGUGGUUUGCCAGUUUUGGUAGGAAGAAUAAUUCAGGGACAAAAUUGUAUUGCAUAUCUGGACACGUGAACAAGCCUUGCACUGUUGAAGAGGAGAUGAGUAUACCAUUGAAAGAGUUGAUAGAAAGGCACUGCGGAGGUGUUCGAGGUGGAUGGGACAAUUUACUUGCUAUAAUUCCAGGUGGUUCAUCUGUGCCGCUGCUUCCCAAGCACAUAUGUGAUGAUGUGCUGAUGGAUUAUGAUGCACUUAAGGCUGUCCAGUCAGGAUUGGGGACUGCAGCUGUGAUUGUGAUGGAUAAAUCAACUGAUGUUGUGGAUGCAAUUUCAAGGCUUUCUUACUUUUACAAGCAUGAGAGCUGUGGGCAAUGCACACCUUGCAGGGAGGGGACAGGAUGGCUUUGGAUGAUCAUGGAAAGAUUGAAAGUUGGGAAUGCAAAGCUUGAAGAAAUAGACAUGCUUCAGGAGGUGACCAAACAGAUUGAAGGGCACACAAUCUGUGCAUUGGGGGAUGCUGCCGCUUGGCCUGUGCAGGGUCUUAUUAGGCAUUUCAGGCCAGAGCUUGAGAGAAGGAUCAAGGAGCGUGCAGAGAGGGAGUUGCUGGAGGCUGCUGCUUAAGCUUUACUUCUCAGGCAAGUUUCUUUACUCGUGGAUAUCAUUGAAUAAAUUGAAGAAAGUGCCCCCAGAUUUUGGGAGGAUAAGUUAUUGAUUCAUCUGGUGGUCCUUUUGGUAUUCUGUUUGUUUCUAAGAUGUAUCAAACAUGACUUCAUUUACUGUCCCAGAGAAACGUUCUGGAUGUGCUGGGAAGGCAUUAAUUAAUGUUGUGUUUCAUCAAAACAUAUUUGUUACUUGUUAAGGAAUUUUGUUAAUAAUAUCUGCAUCUUGUCUAUUA